AUGAUAGAAAACGAAAUAAUCGACAAAAAUUUGAAGGUUACUUGGGAUGAUAUAGCCGGCUUGGAUUUUGUCAAAUCAGUAAUAAAGGAAAUAAUUAUUUGGCCAUUAUUGAGACCCGAUAUCUUUACUGGUCUAAGAAAACCGGCUAAAGGUAUUUUAUUGUUUGGUCCUCCUGGAACGGGAAAAACCUUGAUCGCGAAAUGCAUCGCUAGUUUCUGUAAUGAUCUCGCCGUAAAUUUAUCUCAAAAUGAUGCUAGCCCCCCUUCAAAUAACAAGGUAAAAAACAACGGGAAAAUGACAUUUUUUAACAUAAGUUCCUCGGUUUUAUUAUCCAAAUGGGUAGGCGAAAGCGAGAAAUUGGUUAGGGCACUCUUCGAAACUGCCACCAUACACGCACCUUCUUUGAUAUUUAUUGACGAGGUUGACUCGAUUUUAUGUUCAAGAAACGCGUCCAAUUCGUCUUCCUCUGACACGAGCGACAAUGAAUCGUCCAAUCGACUAAAAACGGAAUUUUUGAUACGCUUAGACGGCUUGUAUAACGAUAAUAUCAACAAUAACAUCAUAUUCAUCGGUGCCACAAAUAGACCUCAAAAGCUUGACGAGGCCGUGAGAAGGCGUUUUGUUAAAAGGCUUUAUAUUCCACUGCCGGACCAAGAAGCUCGAUUGCAAAUCAUACAGAAUCUCAUGCGUGAUCAAAGUCAUGUUAUCGAUGAAACCAGUUUGCUAGAAUUAAGUGGUCAAAAAACUGAAGGUUAUUCUGGUGCAGAUAUGGCUGAAUUAUGCAGGGAAGCUUCGCUUGGACCAAUCAGAUGCUUAUCAUCCGAGAAUAUACAGACCAUAUCGCUCGAAGAAGUUGGUGCCAUAAUGUUGAAACAUUUUGAUAUGGCUUUAAACAGAGUUAAACCUAGUGUAUCAAGUGAGGAUAUUAAUAUAUACAUUGAAUGGAAUCGCACUUUUGGUUGCCAAUAGCUAAGCA